AUGAUGUUGUCAGUAGCUCCUUCUCUUGAUGCCAAACAAACCCCAGAACUUGAUCAGAUAAAUCAACAAAAACCCUCUGAUUAUGUUGAUAAUCCCAUUUCCAAUCAAACUAAUCACAUUUUUAAAUCUAAGUUACCUGAUAUACCAAUCACUAACAACCUCCCACUUCAUACCUACUGCUUUGAGAAACUUCCUCAAAUCGCCGAUCGUCCUUGUCUUAUCGUUGCUUCCACCGGAAAAAUCUACACCUACGCAGAAACUUAUCUCCUUUCAAGAAAAAUUGCAUCAGGUUUAUCCAAACUCGGUAUCCAAAAAGGAGACGUCAUCAUGAUUCUCCUCCAAAACUCAGCUGAAUUUGCUCUCUCAUUCAUCGCCGCCUCAAUGAUCGGAGCCGUUGCAACCACUGCUAAUCCGUUCUACACCACAGCUGAGAUCUUCAAACAAAUAACCGCUUCCAAGACGAAGCUAAUCAUCACACAAGCAAUGUACGUUGAUAAACUCCGUCCGAACGAGGAGAACGGUGAAUUUGACUUUAAGGUAAUCACUAUCGACGAACCGCCUGUGAAUUGUUUACAUUUCUCGGUGAUUUCUGAAGCGAAGGAAGAAGAAUUGCCGGAAGUUGAGUUCGAUCCGGAAGACGCGUUGGCGCUUCCUUUUUCUUCCGGUACGACGGGAUUACCUAAAGGUGUAAUUCUAACGCAUAAGAGUUUAACUACAAGUGUGUCUCAACAAGUCGACGGCGAGAAUCCCAACCUGUAUUUAACAACAGAAGAUGUUCUUCUUUGCGUUCUUCCACUGUUUCACAUAUUUUCUCUCAACAGUGUGUUAUUGUGUGCACUGAGAGCCGGGAGUGCAGUUCUGUUAAUGCAUAAAUUCGAAAUCGGGACGUUGCUUGGUCUUAUACAGGAACAUAAAGUGACGGUGGCGAUGGUGGUUCCGCCGCUAGUUUUAGCGUUAGCGAAGAAUCCGAAGGUUGCGGAAUUUGACCUUAGCUCGAUACGGUUGGUGCUGUCCGGAGCUGCGCCUUUAGGGAAGGAGCUCGAGGAAACUCUCCAUAACAGAAUUCCUCAAGCCGUUUUGGGACAGGGGUACGGUAUGACAGAAGCAGGCCCAGUACUCUCCAUGUCUUUGGGCUUUGCAAAGCAUCCAUUCCCAACAAGAUCAGGCUCAUGUGGCACUGUUAUAAGAAAUGCAGAACUCAAAGUUCUUGACCCUGAAACUGGUCUUUCUCUUGGUUAUAAUCAACCUGGUGAAAUUUGCAUCCGAGGCCAACAAAUCAUGAAAGGAUAUUUGAAUGAUGAGAAUGCAACAAAGACUACUAUUGAUGAGGAGGGUUGGCUUCAUACCGGUGAUGUUGGCUAUAUAGAUGACAAUGAUGAGAUUUUCAUAGUUGACAGGGUGAAAGAACUCAUCAAAUUCAAAGGCUUCCAAGUGCCUCCUGCCGAACUUGAAGGCCUUCUCGUAAGCCAUCCAUCAAUUGCAGACGCAGCUGUUGUUCCUCAAAAAGAUGUUGUUGCUGGUGAAGUUCCUGUAGCCUUUGUGGUAAGAUCAAAUGGAAAUGAUUUAACUGAAGAGGCUAUAAAGGAGUUUAUAUCUAAACAGGUGGUGUUUUAUAAAAGACUACACAAAGUUUAUUUCAUUCAUGCAAUUCCCAAGUCUCCAUCAGGAAAGAUAUUGAGGAAAGACCUAAGAGCAAGGCUUGAAAACUCCACUCAAAUGCCUUAG